GUCGCUGCGGUGUACGUAGUGUGGGUGGGCUACCGAUCUCACUAUCAGCGCAUUGAUCGACAUCCUCCUCGAUAGCUUUUCUCGUCUCACUCGUUCCUCCUGCUCUCCAGCGGAGCCGUCCACUAUUAGGAAAGCAUUGCCUUAGCGACAGUGCUCUGCUAGGACCCAUAAGGAAGCGCCCGUGAUUGCGCCGACGACGACCUCAUCGCACGGUCAUAUAUCGCGUCGCGUUUGCUGCGAACAAAGCACCGCCAUGCGGUAGAGGAGCGCACUACCUUGCAGUUCAUGAGGCACUUGGCCUGCAAUGUCCAAGUCACCAACAGUAGCGACCAUUGCGAAAGACAAGAGAGCGUCCACGAACGAAAGCCUCGAUAACAUGGCAUCUACAACGCUCGUGCCAGGCGCAGCUCCAUUUCUACUCAAAGCGGAGGACGUCGAGACCUUGGCUCAUUCCCACGGCUUCAACAUUCUCCGCAAUCAUCUGGCCGAACAUUACGAUUAUGGAUUCUGUGGCAGCCAUUCCGCUGCGACUCCGGAAACUCUUGAGCGUUGGCUGGUAAUACGCGACAUCCUUCACGCAUUGCUUGUUCCGGUCGUCGAACUAUUUGACAGAGCGUGCGGCGUCGCCUCUGCUGCAACACACGCAACGAAGCUCGAAGACCUGGAGUACGCCUUCACUGGUCAAUCGCGAAGCGCUUUCGUCUGGAUCCAGUGCUUCCUCAGCGCAGAGAAGGAACGCGAUUGGUGCUACACACGUGGCUGCCCCGCGUGCGUUGUGGAACACUCUCUGGACUCCGAAUUCACUAUCAGGUUGCUCUACGCCGCUUGCCUGCUGAGCGAUGUGCAUUAUCCAUUCACAAUCGAAGGCCCCACAUUGCCAUCAUUUAUGUUCUUUCUGGAGUCCGUGCAAAGAGCUGUCGAGGAAGACUCAUUAUUCGGCGAAGGAUUCCUCGAGAGAAUGCAGCCCAAAGCUAAUGUCACGAGAGACGGGAUAGAAGAACUCAUUCACCAAUGCCUGGAGUUGGACGUUGUACUAUCACAACCGUCAUCGCCAGAUGGCACUACUCCCGCAUCUUCUGCCCCAGCAAGCCCUGUUGUUGGACCCUGCGGAACUCCUGGAAUCAAGAUCAAACGUAGCCGAAUGGCUCGAAAACAGAUGAGUCUACAGCUAGAGGAAGCGGAAUGGGUGGAGUGCAUGAUGAAGCAAGUUUGGGACACGUUGCAACCAGUCGUCGACGCUGGCAGUCUGGAUGCUGUGGCCGUACCCAAACCCGGGCCUACAGUAACCGUGAAGGAGGUGCCAGCAGAGUGAACAAGGAUACACCCAGGAUGUCGGAAUCACAAGACCCUCCUGAGCACUUCCCUCCAGCCACUACAACCCGAAUACAGCAUAUUGGAUGUAAGGAGGCCACCUCACGCUACCCAAGACGAGGGAGUAAAGCCCAAAACAGCCUUGAUCCCGCGGACACGUGGAUACAAACACGGCAUACAGCUCUGAAUCACAGCCACAGCAGGAUGAGUCUGGAACGAGGGCAAAGUGGCGUUGGAGGCGAGUUUCGUCCAGAUAAUACGUGUCGAUGUGGGGCCGUGGGUAAGCGUGCAUUGCCACAGUUGACUGCGGAAAGGGAAUGCGUCCGUAAGGACGAACAAAGCCAAGGAGGCGCGAGAGGUUGGGGGCUCGAAUCGGAGUAGGAACCCCGAAAGAAGACCGCAAAGGUCAUGUAGCUCGGAGAUCAAUCUUAAUGCAUAGUCGUUGCAAUACCCAAAAAGCGUUAUGAACCG